AUGGGUGACCCAACGGCGUUUCCCGGACCCUUUUCCUUCUCGGUAGGAGGUACCAGCGUAUUAACUUGCUUUAUCCUCAGUUUACGGUCUCCUUCUGCUGUAUACCACCGAGGCUUGUGCCCGAACUCGCCACAAGUCGUGCAUUUGUCGGACAGUAGCGGGCCCGAUGCCCACCAUACUUGCAAGUCCAACACACCAGCCCAUAUCGGCCCGGUGUGGGCUUGUGAAACCCAUAACGCAGAUCCCAGGCUGUCCUAUCGGGAACUGCUUCAGCCUUCCAGUCCUCUUCCACCUCUUCUUUCGGGUCCCGUAUCUGGAUCCACUCCCAGUCCUUCUUUCUCAUCAUUCCUACCUAACGCCGCUAGCCCCGCGAUUCUUUCCCCCAAUUUCUCAUUAGUCUCUCCUUCUUGUUGCUGCAGCCGGAAUAAUUUCCUGACUGUCUCAAUGGCCAUACGCUCACUUGCAUAUUGCUGUCCACGUCAGGGCCGGGUUUUCUUUGUACACCGCCUCUUAUGA